CCAUGCUUAGAAACUCCAAAGUUUUCUCAUGUCUAUCCGGCUUAUUCGCUAACUUAACGACGAUUGAUGGCGUAACAAGAAUGAAUGUACUCUCUGCUUAGAAAUAAUCCAAUUAUGAUAUUUAUGGUGGCGUACAGAGACGCGUACAGAUGGCUGGAGGAUGGUGGAGAAUAGAGAUAAACGAUACGACGCAAAUGCAUACAUCCUACAUUGGCUUCAACGGGUUACCCCAGCUGCAGUGUGCCUUUUGGUCAUGUGCUCGCGAUCCCUUCUUUAGGGAUGCCCACAUUUGCAUCCGGAGGCAGUCCAAUUUCGUCUUUACAAACUGGGCGUUUCGAGCAGAUCGAAUGAAAUCAACGCUCACGCUUAUGCCCUACGGAAAAGUUUCAACCAGAAGAGCUGAUUAUGGACAUUGGCCCAGACAACACUGAGGAACGUAUGGAACAAGGUGAUCAUGAUGAUGGCUCGUUGGGCAGCCACUCGUCGCCCGACGAUAAUGACGAGCUUAAUGCAGAGCAGAUUUUACGACUCGAACGAACACUUGCCGACGAUCCAUUCCAUUAUGAUUCACACUUGCAGCUCAUUGCGCUACUUCGCGAGGGAGACGAUCUCGAUAAAUUGAGGGCAUCUCGGGAAGCAAUGGCAAAAUUAUUUCCACUUACACCGAAAUUGUGGCUGGAAUGGAUUCGAUCAGAAAUAAAUCUCUGUCUUGAUGAUGACGAGAAGACAAACAUUUUGGACCUGUUCCAACGCGCUGUAAAGGACUACACGUCGGUUGAACUUUGGUUAGAGUACUGUCAAUUUUGCAUUGGGUUAAUGGGCAGUCCAGGUGGUAUUGAAAGGGUUCGAUCUGUCUUCGAGGACGCUUGCAAUAAGGUUGGCUUACAUGUCACUAAAGGAGCGUUUAUCUUUGAGGCGUAUAGGGAGUUUGAAUUGGCCAUAUAUGCGACAAUGGCUGUUAGCGAGCCGGAUGCAAAGAAGGCUGAGGAAAUUGCGGUGCAAAAACGCAAGAUACAGUCCCUCUUUAGUAGACAGCUGUCAGUGCCUUUGUUGGAUAUGGAAAAGACGCUGGCGGAGUUUAGGGAAUUUCUUGGAAGUCAACCCGACGAAAGUGUUAUGCUUCUUUACAACAAAGCUCUAAAAAAGUUGGAGACCAUUCUUCCUUUUGAAGAGGAGCUUAUGAAAGUGGAGCCAAAGACUGUGCAUUAUGAGCCGUACCUCGACUUCGAAUUAAAAGGCGGGGACGCCGCGAGAAUACAGAUGUUGUUUGAAAGAGCUAUUCUUGAUGAUUGUCUUAAUUCAGCUCUUUGGGACAAAUACUUAAAGUAUUUAGACUAUUCGCUGAAAAUUGACUCCCUUUCUCUUCCAGUUCAUGAGCGAAGUGUUCGAAAUUGUCCCUGGGCAUCAGCUUUAUGGGUUUCAUAUUUGACGUGUCUCGAGAGACUACAAUUUAUACCGUCGAAAAUCCAGUCAGUUGUUGAUGAAGCAUUUCAGGUGGGGUUUUCGAGUGGCUCAGACUAUUUAGCUAUCUGGAUGUUCCAUAUUUCUUCUCUUCGAAGGCAGAUCGAUAUGAAACGGCCUGAAGAAGAUGUCCUUGCUAAAUUACGUAAUUGCUUUGAAAAAGCCCAAGAGCACUUGUCGCAAUUCACCGAGGAAGAUUGUUCGUCAACCAUCGUUCAGUACUGGGCGAAAAUAGAAGCUAAGUUGGGUAAUUUAUCUCAAGCUCGAGAAUUAUGGAAUCAAGUGACACGACAGGGAGCUGCCAGUGAUGCACAGACGUGGCUAAGCUAUGCCACAUUUGAAAGGACGUUCGGUGAUGAGAAGCACUAUCGCAAAGUUCUACAACGUGGCAUGUACGCUGUCACCGAUUGGCCAGAGGCUCUUGGGGAACUGUGGAUUCAAUUUGAGCUAGAGGAAGGAUCUCUUGACGGUCUCUUAGAGGCGCAAGCUAAAUACGACGGUCGGAUGAAAGUGGUAAACGAAAAACGGCAGCGAUGUGCAGCAAAAGAAGUACUCAAAGGGUCACAGGCCAAAAAUGAUCAUCAUGAAAGUGAAACUGCAUCCACAUCUAUGAAGCGAGACAAAAAGCGCAGAGCUCAAAAGGGUUUGUCACCCACUGACGACAAAAAAAAGGCUAAAUGGGAGAACUUUGAUGAUGAGGGGUUCAAGGUGCCACUACCUGUCGCUAGCCUUGCAACAAAGUCGACGCCGGAAAACGAACAAAGACAACACGGGGUAGGACCAGCAGAGCCGGACCCACUCAAGGAUGCGCAAACGGUCUUUCUUAGCAAUUUGGCUUACGAAGUCAAAGAACAGAGUAUUCUGGAGUUCUUUAGAAGUGUUGGUGAAAUCGAAGAACUUCGGCUCGUUCGAGACUAUAAAAAGCGGUGCAAGGGCUUUGGCUAUCUCGUAUUUAAGAACAUACAUAGUAUUGCAGAGGCAUUGAAGAAGGAUAGAGGCUUAGUUGACGGACGGCCUGUGUUUGUGUCAAAGCUAAAUGAACGAAAACAGUUCGCCUACGCAACAGAAUUGGAAAAAAACAAGCUAUUCGUGAAAAAUAUCCCGUUUGAUGCAAAAAAAGAAGAGCUACAAAGCCUCUUUGAAACCUGUGGUUCGGUAACAGAGAUACGAUUGUGCACCUUACGGAAUGGCAAAUUCAAAGGUAUGGCCUAUGUCGACUAUAUCGAUGAUACAGCAGCGUCUGCCGCUGUCGUAAAAUACGAUGGUUACCAAUUGCGAGAUAAAACACUCUCUGUAGCUAUUAGCAAUCCUCCAUCAAGGCAGCCCGCCACGGACAAGGCGACGGUACCCACCCCUGUGCCAAAAGGUUCAACAAUGAAAAACCGCCUUUUCGUACCGAGAGCCCUACAAGUGAAGCCUUUAACAGCGCAGCUUUCCGCCACAACAUCUGCGAUCAAACCGCGGAGCAAUUCCGACUUCCGGGAUUUAUUCCUUAAACCGGCGAGUGCAGCAGCAAAAUGAUUAAUUAAAGGUAGCGAGUAUGGCCUCUGGGCACGACAGUAACACAUCAAAUUCCUAUAGGUAACUCAGAGUCGUGUGUAUAUAAAUAUACAUUAUCAUACAUUGUCAUGGUACGCUAAGCAGAUUACUCAGGAGCUCAUAUAUGAAUACUGUGUGCGUUAUUCUGCAACAGCUAGAGAUUGAGGUAAUACAUGUAACAGAAUAAUAUAGGACAUACAGGGGUGAAAAUAUUAUGAACCGGACGGUCAAAUGUUUUGACGGGAAGCCGUUAAGAGAAGUGAUUGAAGGAAAAGAUUGUUAUGAUUGUUCCGAGAGGACAGAAAGAGUGUUGUGAACGUUGAAAUGUCAUCUAGAGGAAAAAAAUAUACUGUCUUGCAGUGGAACACUCGAAUAGCUGUUUUUCUUGAUUUAAUAUAUAUACAUAUAUAUAUAUAUAUAUAUAUAUAUAGAUAUA